AACGGGUUACGCGCCAUCCUCAACCCAUUCUGGGCAAAUCUCCCUCACGCCGACAUCUUUCUUGCCUUCACGCCUGACCUCCUCCACCAGGUCCAUAAAGGUGUCUUCAAAGACCACCUAGUUAAAUGGUGUCUUGAGAUUGUCAGUGAAGAUGAAAUGGACUCACGCUUCAAAGCAAUGCCAGAUUACCCUGGACUUCAGCACUUCAAGAAGGGUAUCUCGACUGUGAGACAGUGGACGGGUACAGAGCAUAAAGAAAUGCAGCGUGUCUUUGUUGGUCUGCUCGCUGGUGCUGUCCCAAGUCGAGUCUUAGUGGUUGCACGAGCCAUUCUAGACUUUUCAUAUUACGCACAGCUUCGAAUGCACACUGCUGAAUCCCUCGAUGGUCUGGAGAGUGCGCUUGCGGUGUUUCACGCCAACAAAGACAUCCUGCAAGAGCUUGAAGUUCGCGAACACUUCAACAUUCCUAAAUUACAUCAAAUCUCACACUUUGUUGAGUCCAUCACUCUAUUUGGUUCCACCGACGGUUUCAACACUGAGCUUCCAGAACGACUACACAUUGAUUUCGCAAAAUACGCCUAUCGUGCCAGCAACAAACGCGACUACGAGGAGCAAAUGGCCUUAUGGCUUCAACGGCAGGAAGCCGUAUUCCUACGUAGUUCUUACUUUGAUUGGUUGUCGGAACGAUCUCAGUCAGCCACAGCGUCCAGUCACACAGAUCCAGGCUAUACUGUUAAUAUUAAGCAUAAUACUAUCUAG